UGCUAAGCACUGUCUGCAAUUGGAUUGAAUUACAGAAAAACAGAAAAUGGCAAUCUCUUCCAGAAUGUCGGAACAGAGCACAAUUCCUGAGCAUGUUUUUCAGAGUAUAUUUGAUCACUUGAUUUCUUCUAACCAGUCUGGAUUACAGACGGAUUCAAUGCCAGAGGAAAUGAAAGCGCUUGGUGAGGAACAGGGAAAAAAACUGAACUGGGCGGCUCUUCUGAUCCUGCUGGUGAUAAUUCCAACAGUGGGCGGGAACACCCUGGUCAUCAUGGCUGUUUCACUGGAGAAAAAGCUGCAGUACGCUACCAACUACUUUCUGAUGUCCUUGGCGGUGGCUGACUUACUGGUUGGAUUGUUUGUGAUGCCGAUUGCCCUCUUGACAAUAAUGUUUGAGGCUAUGUGGCCCCUUCCACUUGUUCUGUGUCCGGCCUGGUUAUUUCUUGAUGUUCUCUUUUCAACUGCAUCCAUCAUGCACCUCUGCGCCAUUUCAGUGGAUCGUUAUAUCGCCAUCAAAAAGCCAAUCCAGGCCAAUCAAUAUAACUCCCGAGCUACUGCAUUCAUCAAGAUUACAGUGGUGUGGUUAAUUUCAAUAGGCAUUGCUAUUCCAGUACCUAUUAAAGGACUAGAAACUGAUAUUCUGAACCCCAACAACAUCACCUGUGAACUGACCAAGGAACGUUUUGGAAAUUUCAUGCUCUUUGGCUCUCUGGCUGCCUUCUUUACACCUCUCACCAUCAUGAUUAUCACCUACUUUCUCACUAUCCAGGCCUUACAGAAGAAAGCCUAUGUGGCCAAAAGCAAGCCACCUCAAUGUCUAACAUGGCUGAAUGUGUCCACUGUUUUCCAAACGGAGGAAACACCUUGCUCAUCACCUGAAAAGGUAGCAAUGAUAGAUUGUUCUCGAAAAGACAAAACUCUGCCCAACUCAAGUGAUGAAACACUUAUGCGAAGAAUGUCUUCUGUUGGAAGAAAGUCAGCACAAACAAUUUCCAAUGAACAGAGAGCCUCAAAGGUCCUUGGAAUUGUGUUUUUCCUCUUUUUACUUAUGUGGUGCCCCUUUUUUAUUACAAAUAUAACGUUAGCGGUGUGUGAUUCCUGCAACCAGGCUACUCUCAAGAAGCUCCUGGAGAUAUUUGUGUGGAUAGGCUAUGUUUCCUCGGGGGUGAAUCCUUUGGUCUACACCCUGUUUAACAAGACAUUUCGGAGUGCAUUUGGCCGAUAUAUCACUUGCAAUUACCGGGCCACGAAGUCAGUAAGAACUCUCAGAAAAUGCUCCAGUAAGAUCCACUUUCGAAAUCCAAGGGGAGAGAACUCUAAAUUUUUCAUGAAAUGUGGAAUUCGAAAUGGGGUUAGUCCUGCCAUGUACCAGAGCCCAAUGAGGCUCCGAAACUCAACCAUUCAGUCUUCAUCAAUCAUUCUACUUGAUACACUUCUCCUCACUGAAAAUGAAGGUGAAAAAACUGAGGAGCAAGUCAGUUAUGUAUAGCAGAA